AUGAGAAUGCUUGAAAUCAGAUAUUAUUAUGAUUCAUUGCUGAAAGUGACGAGGAGUAGUAUAAAGAGUAUACUCUUUACUAUCCUCGUAUUACUUAUAUUGUCAUCAUCAUCUGCGACGACUACGACAGAGAAGAAUGAUGAUCACGAGUUGUUGUUUAUGCAAUGGGCGAGACACCAUAAUCGAUACUACUCUAAUAAAGAGUUUACAUAUCGAUUCAAUACAUUUAUAGAUAACUAUCAGUUUGUUAGUAGAUGGAAUGAUGGUGCAGACCACUCUUCAUCUUCAUCGACUAUAUUGGCAAUCAACCAAUUUGCAGAUCUAUCAAACCAAGAAUUCAAUCAUUUAUACGAACAACAAAAAAUACCAUCAUCAACAUCACUUCAACUAAUUGACACUACUACUCUUGACAACGAAAACGACAACGACAACGACAACAAUCUUUAUACAACUUUACUAACGCAAUCUUUCGUAUGGGUUGAUGGAUCUAAAAGAUCAUUCCAAUUUUACUCGUCUGGUGUAUACUAUGAUACAUCUUGUUCUAGUAAUCCUAAAGAUGCACAUUUUAUCCUAUAUCUAUUGGAUGAAAACAAUCAACAUCAACUACUAAAUGAAAAUAAUGAUAAUAAUAAUAUUGAUAAUAAGAAUGAUAAUAAUUCAAAUUCAUCAGCAGAGACUGGGUCAUCUCAAUUUUCAUCAUCGCCAACUUCAACUUCUUCUUCAGGCUCCUCUUCUGCAUCUUCUUCAUCUGCCACUUCAUUACCAAUUGGUAGUGGAGAGUCUAGUAUAACAAGUGGAUCUGGAUCGUCUUCAUCGACAUCUAGUUCAAGUGGAUCUGGAACUGCAAGUGAAAGUGGGUUCUCUGGAAAGUCGAGUAUUGGAACAAGUACAUCAACUGGAGGAAACACUGAUACAUCAUCAUCAGCAUCCUCUUCUGCAUCAUCAACUGGGUCUUCAUCUGGGUAUUCAGGAUCAUCAAGUGGUGUAACUGGAGCCUUUUCAGGAACACUAUCAUCAACUGGUGGAAAUGAUGGAAAUUCAUCUUCAACUUCAACUCCAACAGGUACACCUAGUGGUAGUGGUAGUGGUGCUGGUGCUAGUAGUAGUGGUAGAAAUGCUAUUGAUAUUAUAAUAUAUCAAUAA